GGUGCUCCCUGCUCUAUGGUGAAAGCUUAAAUUAAAAAGUGAGUGAUAGCCCCAGGUCCUGUUCCAGAGCAGCGAUCACACACAGUCGGUGACAGAAGAGAACUGAGACUAACACCUAGCGAAGCAUCCGGAGAUUCCGACAGGAUGUAAGAUUUUGUGGAUUAUCUUUGGUCUUGACUCACUCAGUGUCGACAGCAAGGAGAAUGGAGAUUGGAAUAGAUUAACGCUCUGGAUUUGGAUCCAGGCUGUUUCAGGUUUGCUGAAUAAUUGAUCUCUCAGCUUGUGACUGGGUGAAAAUGAGGAAGGCAGCGCUGAUGGUUUGGAUCAGCCUCUUACUGCAAGUUUCCCAUUGUGCUCAGGGUCAUUAUGCCCGUAAACUUCUGAAUGACCUGAUGGAGGACUAUUCCAACGCUCUGAGACCUGUUGAAGACACAGACAGUGCUCUCAAUGUGUCGCUGCAGAUUACUCUGUCCCAAAUCAAAGACAUGGAUGAGAGGAACCAGGUGCUAACCACAUACCUGUGGAUCAGGCAGGUCUGGAAUGAUGCCUACCUGAAGUGGGACAAGGAGGACUAUGAUGAUCUGGAGAUGAUCAACAUCCCCAGUGACCUUGUUUGGAAGCCAGACAUUGUCCUCUACAACAAAGCAGAUGAGGAGUCUGGAGGUGCACCCAGCACUAAUGUAAAGCUGCGCUAUAAUGGGGAGCUCAUUUGGGACUCUCCUGCAAUCACAAAGAGCACAUGUGUUGUGGAUGUCUCCUACUUCCCAUUUGACUGGCAGCAGUGCAACCUCACCUUUGGCUCCUGGACCUACAAUGGCAACCAGGUGGACAUAAGUCUGGGCAUGGACAGCGGAGACCUAUCUGACUUUGUGGAGAAUGUGGAGUGGGAGUGUCACGGCAUGCCUGCAGUCAGAAACGUCAUGAUGUACGGCUGCUGCUCUGACCCUUACACUGAAAUAACCUACACCCUGCUGCUGAAGCGGCGCUCCUCCUUUUACAUCUUCAACUUGCUCCUACCCUGCUUCCUCAUCUCCUUCCUGGCUCCACUGGGCUUCUACCUGCCGGCCGACUCGGGGGAAAAGGUUUCCCUUGGGGUGACGGUGCUGCUGGCGCUAACUGUGUUUCAGUUGCUGGUGGCUGAGAGCAUGCCACCUGCAGAGAGCAUGCCCUAUAUAGGAAAGUACUACAUCGCUACUAUGACAAUGAUAACAGCCUCCACCUCUCUCACCAUCUUCAUCAUGAAUAUUCAUUUCUGUGGAGCUGAGGCAAAGCCGGUCCCUCAUUGGGCAAAAGUGCUCAUCAUCGACUACAUGUCCAAAAUAUUCUUUGUGUAUGAGGUUGGGGAGAACUGCACCACGCCAGAGAGUGAGAGGACCCCACUGUGGCCUGAAGAACCCUCAGGGGAUAUGGUUGGCUACCAGGAUGACCUUUUCCAGGACUUUGAUUAUGACAGUGAACCAUACAGGUACAGCAAUGGCCACGCUGCGCAUAGUCACAACAAGCAUCAGAAAAGCCAGGCAAACGGCAACGCAAAUGGCAAAGCCAACGGCAGCCAUCACCAUUUCAACAACCACAACAACCAUGCAUCCAGACUGGAGAGAGGGGAGGGGAGGAGAGAGCACAUCCAGCGCUAUCACCAUAUCCGGAGGGACGAACUAGACUACCAGGUCCCUCCUCUUCCUCACAAUCUCCAGCACCUGAAUGUAGGUUUAAAGGAGCAGCUGCUGUACUCCACAGAGAAACUUCAAGUCCCAGCAUGCCCCUGUUUCUGCCCCUGUGUUGAACAUAAAGAGGUGGUGAAAAACAUCCAGUUCAUCGCCAACUACUUCCGUGAACAGAGAGCGACUUGCGUCAAGGUAGCAGAAUGGAAGAAGGUCGCCAAGGUGAUGGAUAGAUUUUUCAUGUGGAUCUUCUUCGUCAUGGUCUUCCUCAUGAGCAUCCUCAUCAUUGCCAAGGCUUCCUGACAGACCCUUUACCAUCUUUAAAAUAACUGCAAUCCUUCUCGAACUCGGUGCUGCAUGAGCACCUCUGAUUACCAAAUCAAAACUGUUUUGUCUACAGAGAAGCUACAUUUACAGUGUCAGUAUUGUGUUGUGUGUGUGCAAGUGUUUGUGGAUUGCAGGUCCAUUGUUGUUUUCUGUUUUGACAUGAAGAGAAUGAGGUCAGUGCACUCAAAUAAUACAUUAACCACAAACACAGAACUUCAUUAAAGCCUCUAGGUUAGUUAACAUCAGGUGUGCUUGCAUGUGUAACGGAGCAGUGGAGCAGUAAGACAAUCUGGGCCUGGCCUCGAACAUGCAUAGACUGCAUUAUAGAUGAGCUAACAGUCAGACAUCCACCUAUAGGCAUUACAUUACAUACAUUGUUUUUAGGUGAGCAUAUGCUGCUGUUUUUCCAAAGUCAUUUAAUACAAGUAGAGCACCAGCAGGAUAACAGUUAUGAAACAACCUUAUGUGUGAUGAAUCAGAGUCCUACCUUGUACCGAUUACCACAAAGAAGGAUGAAAGGUAGAGAAAAUAAAACCAGAGAACCUGGCCAGGUUUUUUUUUUCCUAUAAGACACAAAAUUAGUUUCCACAAACUGUAAACUGGGGUGAAUAUCAUUUUUUUCUUGCCUCAUUAGGAUUCUUCAUACAAUAUCCACAUGAAGCCUUUAUGCAGAGCAUAAAGAGACAUUGGACAUGCUGCGCCUUUCACAAUCUUAUGUAUAGCUAAUUGGUCCAGUGAAAAUAAACCUUUGAUUUGUCCUCUUAAAAAAAUGGGUGAACUUACUGUUCCAGCUGUUUAAGCUGUAGAGCAAAUCUUAUUUCAUAUACAUGAGGAGUGUUCACAUUUUGUUUAACUUCUAGUAUUUAAAGUCUGUUUGGUUUGUUACCUUUUUAUUUAAAUAUGUGGUUUUGAAUACACUUGACUUACAACUUGAGUUCAUUAAUGUCUAGUUUUAGUUGUCAUAGAGAUAAUUACGUGAACUCUGUAGUUAGCCUGAGCCACUAUUAAAGAAACAUUGUGUCACAGUCACAGACAAUAGCAAACAGUAUAGUAGAAAAAAAAAUAUGUGAAUGCACCUGGUUUAAUUUCUCCACAUAUUUCAAUUCCCCUAAGAGCCACUAGAGGGCAGUGAAGCUUUAUUCAUAGAGGGCUGAGAUGGGGACUGGCAGAAUUCCUGGCUGCAAUAUUUAAGAUUGUUUAUUUGUCCUGAGGGAGAUUUGUUUUAGACAAAAGGCAGCCACAUACAAAUACAUACAAUACAGUAUAUACAACACAUUGAUAUAAAUACAUAACUCAAGUGCAAACAGUGGGUGCCAAUUACAAUCCCCCCCAAUAAUACGAUUUUAGCCCUUGAUCAAACGCAGACUGAUUAGAUACAAGCCCCCAAAAAAGAGUUAUUUAGUGCAUUAUGUGUUCAGGGGUGAUGACCUAAAAAGAAACAAAAAGUCAAAGGCCUAUUUCAAAUAAGGAUGAACAAACACAUAAUGUCAUGAUUUCUCAUCCACUAAGAAAUAAAAAAUGAACUACAUUCAGAAAUAGUUUAAGCUCAAGGCAAAGUUAAUUUUUAUCUCUAUUAAUAGGUGCUCUCAUUUGUAGACUCUGGUGACCUAAUAGAGUUUCUGAUAUUUCUUUUUCAGGUGCUGUUUAAAUAGAUCAGAUAAUUAAAAAUAACAAUAAAGGAUAACUCAAGUAACACAAUCAUCCAAAAUGAAAGCUUGUGUCUCAGACUGUCUGAAAUGAAAGCAACUGUCAAUAACUUGUCUGACAUGUGACUCACAAUCUUUGUUGACUCACCAGUGAAAUUUGUUAAUAAAUACUCACUGUUUGACCUCAUGAAUCAACUGACAACAAA